AUGUCCUCCUCUGCACCCAAAAGCAGCGUGCCUAGUGGAAGCAUCAGAGGGACUGUGUUAGGCCGAGAUGGUGGGUCUGUCAGAUCUACGGCCCACCUGGACCCCAGCGUCUUCUCCACCAGAUCUUUGCUCACCACUCCCGAAGAUGUCAAGAUGGCAUCCAAAAUGUCUCAAUUUAAAUCGAUGACACCAACCCAGCAGAAGAAGCAACAAUCUUGGUUUGACGGGUACGCGAAGGACUCUAAAUGCUGCCCAGAAAAUAACGAAUGGGUACGAGCUGAUAGUGGAAUGAUUUGCUCAGAGGGUGGACAUGGUAUGACAGACGAAAUGAUUGAGGAAGGCCUUGGCGCUAUAUGUGCAAUGCCCAAAGGGUGCAAGGGAGAUUGGUCGAAGAGGUGCGGACCGUACUAUCAAGUAGCAGAUAAAGGUCCAAAGGGGGAAGCGAUGUGGAAGUUCAACAAGGGUAUUAAGUUUCCAGGAGUUGUUCCCCCUAAGGAAAAAUAA